GACAAUCGUCGCACCUCGGUGUCUCUGGCUUUCUCCUUGACAACUUGGUAGCAGUAACGCAUCGCCUGUUGCUUGUCACCAUCCACCAUGUUCAAAAGGAUAGCACUACUACUCUGUCUACUGGUACUGGCGGUGCAGCCUGUGGGAGGGUUUCAGGCGCUCUUGCCGUCUCCAACCAGCCUCACGCUUUUAUCAGCAAAAAAGAAAAAGAAAAGUGGAGGCGGUGGUGGCUUUGGCAGCAGCAAACCGUCUGCCAAUAGCAAACCCAAACCCCUGACAAUAUCCGCCGACAAGAAUGCUCUCGAGAAACAAUGGGACACCUUUGUGUCCAUUACGGAUUUGGAGAUUCGCCCCAAAGGCGACGAGAAGUUUGAAGUUGUGGACAUCUUCGUGCGAUCUGGGGUAGAGAACAGUGGCGCGAAUUGGUUUCGUAUCGGUAAGGUUUGUGCCGAGGGAGAAAACUGUAGCACUGAUGCCGCUUUGACGCUGCAAAAAGGACUUAUUUUCUGGACGGCCGUGCACAUGAAAAGAGAGUUGGUGGCAGCCGGAGGCAAAUCAGGCGCUGCAUCGUUGGAAUUGGGCUACACGGCUUCCAGCAUGAAUGUAGGUUCGGAAUCAGACGGACCCAUUGGUGAUGAAGAAGACGGACUGGAAAUAAUGAUAUCCGAACGAGUAUCUGUCAAGGAUGUGGCUCCUGGGAGCUUUGGCUUUCGCCCCGAUUGGAACCCACCUGGCUUUACUUACAAGCGACGAGAGAAGGACGCCCUCAAGAAGAAGAAAGGCUCUACGUUGGAUGAGAUUGUAUCGCUCUAAUGGGAAGAAGAUCACAAUGUCAGCCAUCAGCUAGUUUAGGCGGUUCUAACAAGAAGGCGAGAGUGAAGGUUAUGCGUCAAUAUGCCAAUACUAUAGUAGUUUUACUUCUGUCAAAAUGCAAUCUAGGUGCAAGAAGCUUGAUUGCCUUGUGGU